UUUAUUCUGGGCAACAACAACAAAAUGUAUGAGAAGGGCCAAUGCUUUAUGAAAAAUGAACAUUCUACUUCUCCAAAGAAAACUACAUCUCAAAAAAGGUUUGAUUAUUUUAUAUGUCAAUUCCUAGUCUGUGCUUACAGAAGAAUCAAGAAGAGUUUUCUGGCUGUUCUGAUAGGUCAUCAGAACUUAUUAACAUUAGUGUCAAUGAAGUUGGUAGACAAUCCUCCACUGCUGGAUUUGACUAGCUUAAAGAAACAGUUUUCUAACAUAUUUUCUAUUUAUAUAAUAUGGUACUGUACAAUUUGUAACACUGCAAUUAUUAUAUAGUGGUGGUCAGAGUGAGAGCAUUAGAAGGCCAUACAGCUAUUCAGUAGUCCCCAGUGUUCCCUACUAUCCCCUGCAGAAAGGAAAGAUAUCUACUAUCCAGUAGACAAAACAAUGGGCAAAUUUCUACAGCAAAGCUUGACAACUGAGGGUACAACUGGCCAGUAGACAUGUGUUUUUAAAUUUUAGUACUGGCUUCUAGCAUUUUUAAAAGUCAAAUUUCACAUUUUAAGAAAUAUAGUGGUUUUGAAAAAUCCUGAAAUCUGGCCACCCUGGGUCUGCAUUCCCACAGCAGAGUGGUUAGGUCCAUUCCAUCUAAAUGAGGAAUGUGUCCUCUCCUUUGUCACAAUUAGCCCUACUUUACCCUUCUCCUAUAAAGCCUCUACAGAAAUUUAAGUUUGAAAGCCAUCCCCUAGGGACUGCUGGUUUUCACCUUGGCUGAAACAAUGUGGUAAUGUGUUACUUUUAAGCUCCUGGGUUAUAAAGAGAAAAUCACAAUUACCUUUAAAGAAUUAAGAUGAUUAUUACAGUAAGAUUUAUUAAACAAACAUAAUAUCAUAUAUGCACAUUACUAAGCGAAAGAAGCCAAUCUGAAAAGGCUAUAUGGUGUAUGAUUCCAAUUAUAUGAUAUUCUGGAAAUGGCAAAAACUACAGAGACAGUAGAAAGAUUGGUAGUUGUCAGGGGUAGGGGUAAGAAUAAGCAGAACAUAGAGGAUUUUUAGGGCAGUAAAGCUACUCUAUAUGAUAUAUGAUACUAUAAUGGUGGAUCCAAGUCAUUAUAUAUUUGUCAAAACCCAUACAAUAUACAACACAAACAGUGAACCCUAAUGUAAAACAUGGACUCUGGGUGACAAUAAUGUGUCAAAGUAGGCACAUCAGUUGUAACAAAUAUUCCACUCUGGUGGGGGAUGCUGACAAUUUGGGAAGACUAUGCAUGCAUGGGGCAGAGAGUAUAUGGGACGUCUAUAUACCUUGUUCUCAAUCUUGCUAUGAACCUAAAACUGUUCUUAAAGUCUUAAAAAACACACAAUACAAUUUGAGUAAUUCCUAUACAUAUUAUAAAGGACAUAACUCAACAAACAUACUUUAGCUUUUUUCUUCUGUUUUUUCUUUGGUCCACCUUUGUCCAAAGGCCAGAUUAUUCUGUCAGCCUUCACCCACUCAUCAUACCUUAAAAAAAAAUGUACAAACUUCAGAAAUGAUAACCUAUUUGAAAUGUAUUCACCAAACAAAAACAUUACAGUGAGACAGACUAAAUAGUUUGUUCCUAGUGUUGGCAGGAAUAUGAAGGGCACAUGGGCUGGUUUGUUGGUAACGUGUGCUAGCUAAGUGUUCUGUAUAUCCAUUGACAAGGAAAGGCAAGAGAAUUUCAUAAGAGUUAACAGGUUUAGAGGGAGGUCUUGGAAAGCAAACUCUAGGUUUAUGACAAUCUGAACUGCUUUGUUUUCCAUAGCUUUUACAGAUCUGAGCUUAUUAUCAGAUUCUACACUAGAAUUCAUCCUACUGAAUGAAUGAUAGAAAAGCUAAGUCAGACAAAUUCAAAUUUGCAAGGUUAUUCUAUUAAGUCCAUUUCAACUUUCUUUUCUUCCCCAAAACUCUCUCUAAUCUCUAGUAUUUCCAAUAAAAUUUUCUUCUGAACUACAUUGCCUUUAGGACUCUGAACUUUUUUAGAGAUACUUGUUUUCACCUCUUUUAUCUAUUUUGUUUAGCUCAAGUUCAAAACUCACUUCCCCUAAACCUUUUCUUAAAAUAUUUAUUUUUAUUUUAUUUAUAAUUUUGUUUUUUAUAUAUAUUUUUUUUGAUACAGAGUUUCACUGUUGUCACUCAGGCUGGCAUGCAGUGGUGCCAUCUCGGCUCAGUGCAACCUCUGCCUUCCCGGUUCAAUUGAUUUUCAUGCCUCAGCCUCCCAAGUAGCUGAGAUUAUAGACACCUGCCACCACACCCAGUGAAUUUUUAUAUUUUUAGUAGAGAUGGGGUUUCACCAUGUUGGCCAGGCUGGUCUUGAACUCCUGACCUCAGGUAAUCCACCCUCCUUGGCCUCCCAAAGUGUUGGGAUUACAAGCAUUAACCACCAUACCCCACCAUUUUUUUGAGACAGGGUCUCACUCUGUUGCCCAUGAUGGAGUGCAGUGGCAUGAUCUCUUGGGCUCAGUUGAUCCUCCUACCUCAGCCUCCUGAGUAGCUGAGACCAUGAGUGUACACCAUUGCACCAAGCUAAUUUUUGUACUUUUUUAUAGAGACAAAGGUUUUGCCAUGUUGCUCGGGCUGGUCUCAAAUUCCAGAGCUCAAGUGAUCUGCCCACCUCAGCCUCCCAAAGUGCUAGGAUUAUAGACAUGAGCCAUUGCACCUGGCCUUCUCAAAAGAUUAACAUCACUUCUGAAUGUCUACAGUCCGAGUUACUAAUAAGGGGUCUCUAGAACUAAAUAACAGUUCUUACAUUAUAUAAAUAUACAAGUAUUUAUAAAAUUGAGUCAAAAUCUAAAAAUAUGUAUAUUUAAGUAAAGAAACAACAGGCAUUUCUUGCUUUAGACCAGGAGUGUCUAAUCUUUUGGCUUCUCUGGGUCACAAUGGAAGAAUUGUCUUGGGCCACACGUCAAGUACACUAAUGAUAGUUGAUGAGGUUAAAAUAAGCAUGCCAAAAAAAAAAAUCUCAUGUUUUAAGCAACUGUAUGAAUUUGUGUUGGGCCGCAUUCAAAGCCAUCCUGGGCUGCAUACAGCCUGUUUGGACAAACUGGCUUUAGACUAUAGUGUGUUAAUAGAAACUCAAGUAUCUGGGCCGGGCACAGUGGCUCAUGCCUGUAAUCCCAGCACUUUGGGAGGCUGAAGCAGGCAGAUCACGAGGUCAAAAGAUCAAGACCACCCUGGCCAACAUGGUAAAACCCCAUCUCUACUAAAAAAUACAAAAAUUAGCUGGGUGUGUUGGCAUGUGCCUGCAGUCCCGGCUACUUGGGAGGAUGUGGCAGGUGAAUCGCUUCAACCUGGGAGGCAGAGAUUGCAGUGAGCCCAGAUUGCACCACUGCACUCCAGGCUGGAGACAUUCUGUCUCGGAAAAAAAAAAAAAGAAAGAAAGAAAAAAAGAAUCUCAUGUAUAUGGAAACCACAUUCUUGCUUUGUAAACCAGUUACCGUGGAGAUGUACAAAGUAAGGACAUGGUUCCUGUAUGCAUGUAUUUCAGUUGACAUGGUACCAUGACUACCUAUACAGAUGCUUUUUUACUUAUGAUGCCAUUAUAUCCUGAUAAAGUCAUUAAAAACUGAACUUACCCCAAGUCGAAAAUGCAAAUAUAUCUAGCCUAUGAAACAUCACAGCUUAACUUCGCCUACCUUAAACAUGCUCAGAACACUUAUACUAGCCUAGAGUUGAAGAAAAUCAUCUAACACAAAGCCUAUUCUAUAAUAGUCUUAAAUAUCUCAUGUAAUUUAUUCAAUACACUGUAGAGUACAGUAUUGGUUAAUUAGUCUCAUGAUUUCUUGGCUGUUUGCUAUGCUUGCUGCCACUGAACAGUCUGACGAGAGAGUAUCAUACUGUAUAUCGCUAGCCCAGGGAAAAAAAAUCAAAAUUCAAAAUUCUAAGUAUGGCUUCUACUGAAUGCAUAUAGCUUUUGAAUCAUCUUAAUUUAAAAAAAAAUUGUUGAACCACUGUAAGUUAGGAACUGCCUGUACUAUGAUUUGAAACCUAUCUCUUACUCAUUAACCCAGUAUCUAGUUUCUUAAACGGGACUGGCUAUGAGCAUAGUACUAAGCUUUUAAAUAUCUGUACUUUAUUAACCUAUAUGAAAAUGUUUAUUCAUUUGAACAUUUCCUGAGGACCUACUAGUAUACAAUGUAUCAGGAAGUAUGUAAAGAAUAAACAUGGCCCAUGUUCUCAAGUAACCCAUAGUCUAUUAUAAAAGAUAGACAUAGAGUAACAUCAAGUAGAGUCUGGUAAGUGCAGUAAGAGAGUUAUGUAUCCGAUCCAGGACUAACAAAGGAAUAAGGCUAUCUAAUUCCACAAUUUCAUAGGAAGUAUCAGACAACCAGGAAGCAUAGGCCUGAUUUAUAGUGUACUUUUUCUAGGCCACACUGGACAAAGCAGUAUGUCAUGUAGGUACUUCUAGCACUAAUAUUGCUAACUCAGGAUAGUCCUAGGAUUUCUCAAUAGAGACCAAGACUCUUUUCACACUUCUUACACUUGCAGAUACUCCCAUUUCAGAAAUCUGACUAAUUUCUCUAGGAACCAUGGUGGCUCCAUCUCAAUGAGCAGGCCAGAGUUAUAUCAGCUUUUAAGAGUAGAGAAGGACAAUGAAAAACCAUGAACCAGAAGAGUACCAGUUGGGUAACUAAUUAGGGAGAUGACCAGCCCAUAACCUGAGCACAUAAUAAAAUGACUGCUGAGAAGAGUCAUAAAGUAAAAUGUUAAAAAGAUGAGAAAGGCCGGCAGAUCCGGAAGUAGAUCUCGCGGGCCGACCGGCACGCUCAGACUGAUCUUACCUGAAAAAGAAACCCAGAGGAAGAGGAAAGAAAGAAGAGAAAGGAAUGGCUGUUUCUCAGAGACUAUUUACAUUCAAGGAUGUGACCACAGAAUUCUCUCAAGAGGAGUGGGAGUGCCUGGACCCUGCCCAGAGGGCCUUGUACAGGGACGUGAUGUUAGAGAACUACAGGAAUCUGCUGUCUCUGGAUGAGGAUAAAAUCCCUCCAGAAAACGAUAUUUCUGCAGGAUUUGCAAGCAAGGGAUUAUCACCAAAGGAAACUAAUAAAGAGGAAUUUUACCGUCUGGUAAUACUAGAAAGAAAGGAAAGCCAUGGCAUCAACAGUUUUGACCUCAAGGAAGCCUGGGAACUUAUACAUAAAUGUGACAGCCUGUGGGAAUAUGAUGCAAAAAAUCACAAAGGAGUGCCUUUGACCUGUCAAAAACAUCUCACUCAUAGAAAAGAUCAACAACAUAAUAAAUCCUCAAUAAAUUUCUCUUUAAAGCAGGAAAAAAAAAAAGAUGAGAAAGAAAGAUAAUAGGAGAAAAUUCUAGGAAACAGAACAGAGACAUAGACAGACAUAAAAAAGGAGUGGAUAGUUGUGAACUAAGUAAGAAUCUGAGGAAAAAAGAAGGCUGUCAUAUGACGCAACUGGAAAUAAUGACUGAAAGUUGUUAAGUAUAGUCCUUUUUCCCUGAAUUCAACAAGACACUGUAAAGAAAACAGUUGGCUGGGCAUGCUGGCUCAUACCGGUAAUCCUAGCCCUUUGGGAGGCAGAGGCAGGUGAAUCACCUGAGGUCAGGAGUUUGUGACCACACUGGCCAACAUGGUGAAACCCCAUCUCUAUUAAAAAUACAAAAAAAUUAGCUGGGCAUGAUGGCACAUGCCUGUAAUUCCAGCUACUUUGGAGGCUGAGGCAGCAGAUCACUUGAACCUGGGUGGUGGAGGUUGCAAUGAGCAGAGAUCACGCCACUGUGCUCCAGCCUGAGCACCAAGAGUAAAACUUUGUCUCAAAAAAAAAGAAAAGAAG